UAUGCAGCUUUAUAAGUACAGUAAUAUGGAAUUUUAUGGAUAUGUUUAUAAUUUUAGUAAGCAUUGGAAUAAAUUUUCGUUUUCAACAAUUGAAUAAGUAUCUUCAGAAAACAAUUGAAACCAUUGAAGUCCAGGACGACAUAUUUUUUGAAAAAGUACGCUUGGAUUUUAUUCAAUUAUGCGAUCUUUUAAAGUAUAUUGAUGAUGAAUUGUCUUUUAUAAUACUGCUGUCUUGCUUUAAUAAUCUUUAUUUUAUAUGCUAUCAGCUCAUGAAUGUUUUCAAAACUCUUCGAUAUACUGUAAAUUAUAUCUAUUAUUGGUAUUCAACCCUAUACCUCCUAGGAAGAACAAUAUUUCUGUUUAUAGUGGCAGCCAAUAUUUAUGAAUCAUCUAGAGUCCCAUAUGAACUAUUUCAACUGAUCCAAAAAACUAGCUAUGAGGUUACAGAUAAUUAUUAUGAGCGUUAUACAAAAAAAUUUGUAUUUUUAUUAUAUUUUAAGAUUGAUCGAUUUUGUCAUCAAAUAAAAUAUGAAAUGAUUGCACUUUCUGGGAUGGGAUUUUUUUAUUUUACUAGAAAACUAUUACUCUCCAUGCUUGGUACUAUUGUGACAUUUGAAUUGGUAAUGAUACAAUUUCAAUGGAGUAGUAAUGAAAAAGGUGAACUUCCACCGCUAUGUCAAUAAAUUAUUAAUAUACAUAUAAAUAAAUUAUUUUAGAAUAGCUGUUAAGCUAUUUUGAACUGUUAAAUAAAUAAAAUACUAACUGUUAAAUAGUUUAAUUUAUACAAGAGAUUGUAUUUAACAUUAAUAUAAUAAGUUAAGAAACUUUUAAUUGUUUUAAUUACUUUAUUAUAAACGUUUUGAUUACUAUAAUUGAACUCAAAAUGUAUUUCUAAAAAUUAAUGUGGCAAAAUUGAGUACAUUUCAUAAAUUAAAAAUAAAGCGUUUUGCUUAAAUAUUACACAUUUUACUAAUUUUUUAAAAAUUAACAAUAUUUUUUAUAAACUUAGUUUAAAUUUUUUUUUAUUUUAACAAAUUAACAAAAUUAAAGUACAUAGAUAUUAUGUAUAUUAU